AUGUCUACUGCUACGUUUAUCGACAUCUUACUUGCAAUCCUUCUUCCUCCACUUGGUGUUUUCCUCAAGUUCGAAUGCCAUUCUGAGUUUUGGAUAUGUGUAUUGCUGACUUUAUUUGGAUGGGUUCCUGGGAUCAUUUAUGCCAUCUAUGUCCUCACCAAGUGAUUCUUAUAU